AUGACUACGCUGAUCGUCAUUUUUUAUUACGUCGUAACAAAAUGUAUACGAUGGUUCAGGAACAAGUACAAACAAGAGUCAUUCUUGAGUAUCGUGUUCCGUAGCCAGUACAUCCUUCAUAGCUUUACGCUUUUAGUUGAACAGCAUAAUAAGCCUUCUUAUUCUGUGCAUUUUUACCCCUCUAAUAUGAGUGAAUUUACUGACUAUAUUGCUGAUCCUCUAUCAGAUUAUUCAAUACAAUCAGAAGAUUCUGAUAUAGGGGUCGAGGACAGUGACAGUGAUGUGAUGCCAAAAAGAAGAUCAAGAGCUGCUCCAUUACAGUAUUCCAGUGAUUCCGAUGAUCUGAGUGAUAGUGAAAUGUUUACAGAAUCACCUAGYUACAUCGAAUCAUGGUCGGAUGUUGAUAAAGCUCCUAAUGUACCAGAUUUUAUUGCGCAAUCUGGUCCAAAAGUCCUUCCUGCCAAUAAGCAAAGCAUAAAAGAAAUUGUGGAAAUGUUUAUUGGCAAUGAUUUAUUUCAAUUGAUGGUAAAUGAAUCAAACAUCUAUUAUCACCAAAAUAAGGAUAAGAUGUGUAAGGGUAAAAAAAUGCCUAAGUGGAAUGAUGUUUCUCUGGCCGACAUGAAGAAAUUUCUUGGUUUGAUUAUAUUGAUGGGCCAAGUAAAGAAAGAUCGAAAAGAUGAUUACUGGUCCUCAGAGUUUUAUACCAAAACACCAUCGUUCUCCACGGUAAUGUCGCGUAAYAGAUUUCGCCAGAUUUGGGACACAUGGCAUUUUUCAAAUAAUCUUACAACAGCUGGUUCUAAUAAGYUCRAGAARAUUCAGCCGAUACUAAGUUAUUUAUUAGAUAAAUUUAAAUCAGUAUACACGCCUAAAAAAGAGCUUUCGCUUGACGAAUCCAUCAUUCCAUGGCGUGGAAAAUUGUCUAUAAAAACGUACAAUCCAGCAAAAAUAGUAAAGUAUGGCCUACUUUGUCGUAUGUUAUGUGAAGCUAGAAGUGGAUAUAUUUGMAACUUGGAAAUAUACUGUGCGAACGGCAAAAAACUGGACCAAACUAUAAUGUCGUUGCUCGAUAWAAAUAUAGGUUUGGGAUAUCAUGUAUACAUGRAUAAUWACUAUARCAGUAUUCSUACCGCASAAUUGCUUYUGAAAAAUGGCACACGAGUUUGCGGUACAAUGAGAGUAAAUAGAGGUGUUCCAGAAUCUAUGAAGCAUAUCAGUUUAAAAACUGGAGAUUAUACAUUUAAAAGAAAAAAUGAAAUUUUAGUACAGGCAUGGAAGCCAAAACGCAAAAUCGUAUACAUGGUUUCUACAAUACAUUCGGGAGAACUAACAAACACAAAAAAAGUACAUUAG